UGAUUAGCAAGGGGGUAGAUAUUUUACCGUCUGUGUAUAACAUUUGUUUUGAAACAUAACAUAAAUGGGUAAGCUGCAGCGUCCACCUAAUGGUUGGAACCCAUUACAAAAUUCAACAGGUAAUAACAUUGUUUUUUUCUGAUAAUGUGUCCAAAGUCCAAGGUAUCAACAUUGAAGACAAUUCGGAUCAGAGUUUCCAAACUAUGAACUGAAUCAAAAAAUCAUGGAAGGAUCAGAAUUUUUGCAACAAUCUGCCAAAAGGAAAGGGCGAUUGACUAGACUUCUGGCCUUGACUACUCUCGUGUCUACGUUUGGAUCUUCCUUCCAAUAUGGUUACAACGUUGCAGUUGUCAAUUCUCCAGCUAUGUACAUGCAACAGUUUUACAACCAGUCUUAUUUUGAUCGAUACGGGACAUACAUGGAUAGCAGCUUUCAAACGGUAUUGUGGUCUCUCACCGUCUCCAUGUAUCCACUUGGAGGGCUUUUUGGAUCCCUUAUGGUCGCCCCACUAGUAAAUAAACUGGGCAGAAAGGGCACUUUGUUAUUCAACAAUAUAUUUUCCAUUGUACCAGCGAUACUGAUGGGAACAAGUAAAGCAACAAAGUCUUUUGAAAUAAUAAUAUUUGCAAGAAUUAUCAUUGGAAUAUGUGCAGGUCUCUCCUCCAAUGUGGUACCCAUGUACUUGGGUGAGCUUUCGCCAAAAAAUCUUCGAGGUGCCAUUGGUGUGAUGCCCCAGCUCUUCAUUACAAUUGGGAUCGUGGUUGCCCAGAUAUUUGGAAUAAGAAGCAUUCUCGCUAACGAGAAAGGCUGGCCACUACUUCUAGGACUUACUGGAAUCCCUGCCAUCAUGGAGCUCAUUCUGCUGCCUUUCUCCCCUGAAAGUCCGAGAUUCACGUUGAUUCAAAAAGGCAAUGUAACGGGAGCGAGAGCAGCUUUAAGGCGGAUAAGAGGCUGGGAUGACGUGGAUGACGAAAUAGAAGAAAUGCGUUUGGAGGAUCAGUCAGAGAAAGCUGAAGGCCACAUGUCAGUGCUGCACCUCUUCUCAUUCAGGUCAUUGAGAUGGCAACUGGUGUCUAUAAUUGUUCUGAAUAUGGGGCAGCAGCUGUCUGGAGUUAAUGCAAUCUAUUAUUAUGCUGACAGCAUAUAUCGAUCAGCAGGAGUGAAAGAAAAUGACAUUCAGUAUGUCACUGUUGGAACAGGAGCUGUUAAUGUGUUCAUGACCAUAGCAGCAAUUUCUAUAGUCGAAGCUUUAGGACGAAGGAAGCUUCUCCUGUUUGGAUUUGCGAUUUGUUGCAUUUCAUGUGCAGUGUUAACAACAAGUCUAAAUCUUCAGGAUAACGUUGAUGGAAUGCCUUAUCUAAGCAUAGCCUGCAUAAUCAUUUAUGUUAUGGGGCACGCAAUAGGACCCAGCCCUAUCCCAUAUGUGAUAACAACAGAAAUGUUUCGUCAGUCUUCCCGGCCAGCUGCUUUCAUGGUGGCAGGGUCAGUGCAUUGGUUAUCCAACUUCACUGUGGGUCUUAUUUUCCCAUUUUUAGAGAAAGGACUCGGUGAAUAUAGUUUCAUCAUCUUUGGAGGCAUCUGCUUGGCAACCUUUUUCUUCAUUUUCAUCAUCAUUCCCGAAACAAAAAACAAAACAUUUCUGGAAAUCAGCCAAAUGUUUGCAAAGAAGAACAAAACUGAAAUUAAACUGGAAUCAGAGCACCUUGAAUUGCACAAGAGGAACAUAGAUGAAUGCAAGGCAGUGAAGAGCACAAGACUGUAGUCAAGUCUAAGAUACCCUUUGAGUGAGGAGUGGUAUAAGCAACAAAUAUAAGAGUUUGUCUCAAUCACAUUUGCCUUUCAUUGCAGAGAAAGUGGGUCUAUUAUUAUAAAGGACAGCUGAAUUAGUAAACUUCCCGAAAACUUUUCAAUUCUCCACCUUCUUCUUCUGGGUCCUGAACAAUGUCCUUUAAAGCUUAGAGAUAGUAGAACUGCAGAUGCUGGAGAAUCCAAGAUAACAAAGUAUAGAGCUGGACGAACACA